AUGUCCCUUGCCGUUUCCGCCUCCGCUUUCACGACCUUGCCCAGUGAGGCGUCACCUUGCCGAAGAAGCGGAGAAUGCCGGACCGCCGACUUGCGGUACCCUCGCCUUCGACAAUUUGCAACCAUUUCGGAGCCCUUGCAUCCCCCUCGACGUCUUCGCAAGUACGUGAAGCGAACUGGAUACCUGGCCCUCGGACUCGGUGUCCUAUACGGUGUGGACAAGUACUACAAUGCUUCAUCGAUAAUCCGGAACUUUCGAACACUCUGGACGUGUGCUAUGAUCACUGCCGACUACAAGUGGAAUUUCACUCCAGAAAAGACCAAGCAAAUACCCCAGCUGCAUGAACGCGUCGCAGAUCGCGUCUUCAACCUGCUGACGUCCAACGGAGGGCUCUACAUCAAAAUCGGUCAAGCCAUAGGAGCCAAUGCAGCCCUUUUACCGAAGCCCAUGCAGGUUAGAUUUGCGAGCCUAUUCGAUGACGCACCGCAAAUACCCUACUCUGUCGUUCACGAUGUUUUCGUGAAGGAGCUUGGACGACCUCCGAGCGGCCCUGGCGGUGUCUUCGAAAUUUUCGAAGAACAGGCGGUGGCGAGUGCUAGCAUCGCUCAGGUCCACAAGGCGAAGCUUUGGCCACGCAUAGGAACCGAUGGACAGCCAGAGAAGGAAGAGCGAUGGGUGGCGGUGAAGAUCCAGAAGCCAGACGUCAGCACGCAGAUGGAGUGGGACCUGGGAGCAUACAGGAUGGUCAUGUGGAUGUUCGAGCACUGGGCGUUUGACUUACCAGUUUACUUCGUCGUUGACUUCGUAUCUGACCACCUACGCCAGGAACUCGACUUUAUUCGGGAGGCCGAUAAUGCUCGCCAGACGGCCGAGUUUGUCGCCAACGAGCCUCUGCUACGUGAUAAGGUCUACAUACCAAAGGUCUACCCGGAGUACUCGACGAAGAAGGUUAUGACCGCCGAAUGGAUCGACGGUGUCCGACUGAGCGACCGCGAGGGCGUUUUCCGGCUUAUGGGCGAGCAUCCCACCUCGGCACCUCUGCCUUUUAUCGACCCAAUGUCCGCUGCUUUCCUUGGUCGCCUCACCCGCUACCCCUGCCUCCGCGUCCGUCUCGUCACUCCAGAUGCCCGCCAAGCCUCUUAA